AUGUUUAGUAAGAUUGGAAGUGCUAAUGAAAUUUAUUUACAUACAACAUUUAAGAUAUUGACCAGAAAGUGGAAAACUUUCAAUUUGACAAACUUGAAUCAUGAAAUUUUGCAGUACAGUUUUGCAAUUCCGACAUUGCUAGCUACUGAAUUUGAGAAUGCCAUUGAACAAAUUGAAGUAAUAAUUAAUGAUAACACUGAAAAAUAUUCAAACGAUAUUAAUGGACUACAACAAUUCACAAAAUUUCUGCGUUUAUGGUGGCAGCCUUUGGCUGAAUUUAUCUCUUGUUCUGAAAAUGUAAAUAAUUCAAUAAAUAUUUCGGAAUACUUUGAUCGACAUAUUGGAAGUAAACUAGGAUCGUUGUCUCCAAAUAUUUUUCAAUUUUCAGAUGAUGGCGACGAUGGCAAAUUACAUGAAUUGUCAAUUGACGAUGGACCAAUCAGAGUUAAUUAA